AUGAUUUUUCAUUUCAUUUUCUGGAAAAAGAAUCUUCAAAAUCCGCCAAUUGGGAAUACAGGUAGCAGCAGUGUCAAUAUGGCUAAAUGGCGAAGUACAGGAAAUCUCAUGGCAGAAACUGCGUCAAUAGGAACCUAUGGUCGAUCGCAGGAAAAUCUUGCAAAUAGUACAGACGAAAUUGUCUUCCCCAUAUCAACUGAUACCAAAGCCAAAGGCAAAUCUACAACUAAGAAGAAGACAAAGUCACUAAAGUCUAACGGAAAUAAAAAGAAACAAAAGCUAUCGGAUUCAGCAAUGGUCGAGCAAUCUGUGAUGCGAACAGCAUCUCUCCCCAACUUUCUGGGAGAUACCGAACCUUUCAUGAACCAGAAUCGUAUAAACCUUCAAUCUGAAUUUUUGACUGUAAACCUUCGACAUGCGAAUCUACCUGACCAAAACCAGAACAUUCAGUCAAAUGUCCUGGAAACCACAAGCCAAAUAAUUCAACGCAUCUUAGGUUCCUAUGGUCGCCUCCAGCAUAUGGAAUACUAUAGUCUCGAACAAUUCAACCAACCUCCUAAUGGUGAAAGUCUUCCGUAUAAUAUUCCACCACAUCGGGUAUUGCGACCUGAUGAACGACCACUGCACAUUCUGCGAAAUAUUCAAGCAAAAUUCCCGAGGAUUAGGUCACAAUUCCAUCUUUUUCUACACCAAGACGAGAAUAUAUCAUUACAGGAGGAAUUAAUAUCAACUCAGCCAGAUUACGUUAAUAUAACCGUUAGGAAACAGGCACCUCAGUUAGUUGAAGUUAAUCCCAACGGAACAGCAAAAACUGGGCGUGUUUUGAGGUUCAAUUUAAGCAGUUUGGUGGGAGAGAACGGUGAAGGGAAUAAAAACGGAGCUCCAGUGAAAGUUGGAUCUCAAUUUAACUCGGUGGGACCUCCUCCAAAUAUUGUCCUUAGUGCUAAUCGAUUUCCCGAUAUUCGUCCGGUUCAUUGCACUCUUCUUCCUGCUUCAUCAAAUGUUGACGGUGGCAGCGAGAAGAAUAUGGGAGGUUCCAUUUUAAUUUCCCCAGCUCUUGAUAUAACACUGCGACCACCUGGUCCCACAGCAAUCUAUCUUGACGGGAAAAAGGUUGUUAGGCUAACACCACUUCGUCAUGGGUGUAUUCUACAGUUGGGCCGAUCACUAUUCUUGAAAUUCCUUGAACAAGGAGCCUCAUUGGAAACGGCAAAGCCUGUUCAAGAGAGAAUGCCCAAAGGCUCUAUGCCUGAUUUGUCCUAUCAAGGUGUUUAUAAGGAGAGAAACCGAUCUUCUUCGGUAAGUUACCGUGUCGAUUUUUGCGCAAUUUGA